CUCCGGACCACGUGCUCCUCCAGCUCCGCGCCGCAGCAUCUCUGGGCCGCUGCGCCGGAAGGGAAUUUGAGGGGAAAAUGCCGGUCGUUAGGAUGCUGCAGCACCUCGUGGGCCAGAUGCUGCUGCAGGGCCCGGCCUGUGGCUGCCGCACGUCUGCCCUGCCCGCCCGGUUUCCGGGCACCUCGCGUUGGCACAUUCCGGCAGAUGCCAACUUCCACUCGGCCUCUCUCUCUGAAACAGACCAGCCACGCGUCUUAAUUACAGGGGGUCUUGGCCAGCUUGGAGUGGGGCUUGCUAACUUUUUAAGGAAACGAUUUGGGAAGGACAAUGUGAUUUUGUCUGACAUAAGGAAACCCCCCGAUCACAUCUUUCAUAGUGGCCCGUGUAUUUAUUCCGACAUUCUGGAUUACAAGAAUCUCCGGGAGAUCGUGGUAAACAACCGCAUCACCUGGCUGUUUCAUUACAGCGCUUUGCUCAGUGCGGUUGGAGAAGCCAACGUAUCUUUGGCAAAAGCCGUAAAUAUCACUGGAUUGCACAAUAUUCUAGACGUUGCCGCAGAACACAGUUUGCGACUGUUUGUGCCCAGCACGAUCGGAGCCUUUGGACCUACUUCUCCCCGGAACCCAACCCCUGAUCUUUGCAUUCAGAGACCCAGGACUAUCUACGGGGUGUCCAAGGUCCACGCAGAGCUAAUGGGAGAGUAUUAUUAUUACCGGUAUGGGUUAGAUUUCCGAUGCCUAAGGUAUCCUGGAAUCAUUUCAGCUGACUCGCAGCCUGGAGGAGGAACAACUGAUUAUGCAGUCCAGAUUUUCCAUGAUGCUGUAAAGAAUGGCAAAUUUGAGUGCAAUCUGAAACCCAGCACGAGGCUUCCAAUGAUGUAUAUUGAUGACUGCCUCAGGGCCACCCUGGAAGUCAUGGAGGCCCCAGCAGAGUCCCUCUCCAUGAGGACCUACAACAUCAGUGCCAUGAGCUUCACCCCAGAGGAACUGGCCCAGGAGGUUCUCAAGCACAUACCAGAAUUCCAGAUCACAUACAACGUGGAUUCUGUUCGACAGGCCAUAGCGGAUAGUUGGCCAGUGAGCCUUGAUGACAGCAAUGCUCGGAAGGACUGGGGAUGGAAACAUGAUUUUGAUCUUCCAGAGCUGGUGACGACAAUGUUGAACUUCCAUGGUUCUGAUACCAGAGUUGCCCAAGCAAACUGAAGGAACCAGAGGAAGAGCUCGUGUAUCCUGGGCAGCUGUCAAGGGAAAACCAUAACGACCCCAAGGUUAUAUACCCCGAGGAAUCUCAAUUAUCUGGUGUCGAAGGACUAACUGGACUAAAUUUUCGCAGCUCAUAUUGAACUGCCACGUGGAGAAUUGAGUUUGCUUUAGCAUUUUCAAAAUGCUGUAGGUCUGGUGGUAGGACUUCUAAAUUUUUGCUGUUUGCCUAAACUUGUCUAAACACAUACAUCACAGAAUGAAGACUUAAAUCAUAAUAGUUUUCAUUUUCUUAAUUAAGAUGAAGUGACCAUUUCUGGGAAGGUGGAAGUAUGUGACGUUUAUAUUUAAUUAAAGUUAAUUUAAAUAUCA